GGCGAGCGGCGGCCAGCGAGGCCCGGGAGGUGGCGGAGGCCCAGGCGGCGGCGGCGGCGGCGGCGGCGGCCAAGGAGGCGGCGCACGGAGAGCGGCGGGAGCAGGCCCGGCCCGGCCCUCGAGCGGCCGCCUGGCUGCAGCAUGCGCGUCCGCCGGGGGCUGCUGCGGCUGCCGCGCCGCUCGCUGCUCGCCGCGCUCUUCUUCUUUUCGCUCUCGUCCUCGCUGCUCUACUUCGUCUAUGUGGCGCCCGGCAUAGUGAACACCUACCUCUUCAUGAUGCAGGCUCAAGGCAUUCUCAUCCGGGACAACAUGAGAACGAUCGGCGCUCAGGUUUACGAGCAGGUGGUUCGGAGCGCUUAUGCCAAGAGGAACAGCAGCGUGAAUGACUCAGAUUAUCCUCUUGACUUGAACCACAGCGAAACCUUCCUACAAACCACAACUUUUCUUCCUGAAGACUUCACCUACUUUGCAAACCAUACCUGCCCCGAAAGGCUCCCUUCCAUGAAGGGCCCCAUAGCCAUAAACAUGAGUGAAAUUGGAAUGGAUGCCAUCCAUGAACUCUUCUCUAAAGACCCAACCAUCAAGCUCGGAGGUCACUGGAAGCCAUCGGAUUGCAUUCCUCGAUGGAAGGUGGCAAUCCUUAUCCCCUUCCGGAACCGCCAUGAGCACCUCCCGGUCCUGCUCCGACACCUGAUUCCCAUGCUCCAACGCCAGCGCCUACAGUUUGCAUUUUAUGUGGUGGAGCAAGUUGGCACCCAGCCCUUUAAUCGAGCCAUGCUUUUUAAUGUGGGUUUUCAAGAAGCAAUGAAGGACCUGGACUGGGACUGUCUUAUUUUUCAUGAUGUGGAUCAUAUACCAGAGAGCGAUCGUAACUAUUAUGGAUGCAGACAGAUGCCAAGGCACUUUGCAACUAAACUGGAUAAGUAUAUGUAUCUGCUUCCUUAUACUGAGUUCUUUGGUGGAGUGAGCGGCUUAACAGUGGAACAGUUUCGGAAAAUCAAUGGCUUUCCUAAUGCUUUCUGGGGUUGGGGUGGAGAAGAUGACGACCUGUGGAACAGAGUGCAGAAUGCAGGCUAUUCUGUGAGUCGGCCAGAAGGUGACGCGGGGAAGUACAAGUCCAUUCCUCAUCACCACCGCGGAGAAGUCCAGUUUCUUGGAAGGUAUGCGUUGCUGAGGAAGUCCAAAGAACGGCAAGGGCUGGACGGCCUCAACAACUUGAACUACUUUGCAAACAUCACAUAUGACGCCUUGUAUAAAAACAUUACUGUCAAUUUGACACCCGAGCUGGCUCAGGUGACCGAGUACUGAGACGAGGGGAGAAUAUAUGUUUGCUUCACCCACCACCCCCAAGAAAGCAGCCUGACGACAUGUCUCGGGGCUCCGCAGAGGAAGAAAACAGAAAUCCAGUGUGGAUCCAUGAGGGAUCACAGGGUUCAAGGAAAAAAUGUGAACAGAGCACACGCACAUAACGCCUUCACCGUUUGGACCCACUGGACUUGAGGGAGUCAGCCGGGAACUGACUUGCUCUUUUCACAAGACAGACGUCUGUCCUGCUGCUCUUCUCCCUCAUCUUCUGCCCUGACGUCCCAUCUCCUCCACAAUCUGCAGAACCGGAACUGUGAUCCGCCACCAUCCCGCCACGAAUGGCCUUGGGAGCUUCUUGCCCUUCAGAGCAAAGAGGCAGACCCACCACAGGGCAGCUGUGUUUUAGGAAGAGCAAAGGCAACUCCACACAACCAUUCUUCUACAUCUCUGGUGUUCUCUUUGGUUUCAUUAAAAAAAAAAAAAAAAUUACCUGCUUUGGGUGGGGAUGAGGGGGGAGUGGGGGAGGGAUUGGGGAAGAUAAAUAGACAUAUAACAAUCACUUCUUGAAGAAGUAUAAUUGUAAAUAAGCCAUGUAAAAUGCCUUUUUUAAAUUUAAUUUUCUAGCUGGCUCCAAUUCAAACCGAGGGUUUAUAAAUUAGAUCCCGUAUUUGUUUGGCAGAUGCAGGAACUCAGCUCAAGUGGAAUAACAUCGUCUCCCAAAUUGCUGUCACUCUGGAAGGGAGUGGUUAUAGGGCAUGUCACAAGAGAGCAAAACAGUCCAAUCUUUAUCACCGGUAGCUAACUUCUUGUGCCCCCACCCCUGUCCCCUUUUCCAAAAGUCUUGCUCCCGACUUUGGCUCUGGAGUCUCUGCCCUGCUGGGCACGUCCACUCUCAUCCCAGUCUUGUGCUGAACACGAAGCUGCUGUGUUAGAACACUGCUCUCCCGCUUGAAGCAAACCCGUCAGGUGGGCCCACUGUGCACACACCCCUGGAUCUCUGGACUUCCUGUCUUGUCCUUCCAUCAUCGUAAAGAGAGAGUGUGGGUGUUGGUUUUCCCUACUUCCGUCUCUCUCUCUCUCUUUCUCUCUCUCUCUCCUUCUUUCGCUUGCUCUUAUGGAACUUGGCCACAGUUUCUGAAGUCUGUGCCUAAAUUACCAACCAGCUUCAGUGAUUCCUUUGAAUAUUUCCCAUUUUGGUUUCUGGAAAGCUUUGUCGUUAACACUAUUAACUAGGACAUAGAAUGAUGAGCAACUGAAUUAUGAAGAAUUCAGCCAGGGAGCAGGUGACACUCGUGUGCUAUGGGUCAGCUGGGAUCCAGGUUAGACCAAAUCCAAGCUUUGGGAUUAGACUAACAAAGCUGCCGGACGGCGGCCGCAGGAGCCCAAGUGCUCCAUUCACACCCCCAUGUGCUUUCUGAAGUCAGAUUCUCAAUCACAUUUGAAGUUGUGCCUUUGUGUUUUCGCCUGAGCCGAAUCCCUCACCUCAUAGUCCCCUUUGGCUUCUGCAGAAUUCUGAAAAAUGCCAGGUUUUUCCCCUCCUUUUCCAUAAAACAUAUUUAUAUAUCAUUAUUAGGAGUACUUUCUGAAGAGUACUUCAUGUUUUUUUUUAAUUGCCUUGUUUGCCUUCAACUUCCUUAAUUUUCAUGGUUUACAUGGGUGUGUGUAGAGGCUGUAUUUGUUUAUAUACACAUGGGUUGGGGGUUUAUUCCAUUGCAUGUGUUGGUUCCAUGGACGUAUGAUCCCCACACGCUGUGGGAGUGAUUGGCCAGGCCUUGUUUUUUUUGUUGUGUUUUUGUUCCUUCAAAGAGGAGAAUGCUAUUUAGAAAAUAAACUGCAUUGCAAAGCUCUUACCAGCUCAUAUGAGAGAGCAGACUCCUGCCCUUGAACACGCUGGUAAGUUGUAUCAUAAUGUUUUAAAAGAGUUUUUUUUUUGUUUUUUUUUUGAGCAUUUCGUGCUUUAAAAGACCUUCACGAGGAACAUGACACACAGACGUUCUUUUGGCUUUCCUUUGAUGUAUGGUGCAAAUAGCAAUAAAGAUUUCUUUCCCCCCUUCCUUUGAGCACCCCCAGGCCUCUGGGCUAGCCUGGCCUCUUCUCUCUGAGGGCUGUGAGCUGCUUUCAGUGUGACAAAAUUAUGAUGUCAUUUGGAAGAAUUUGCCAGGACAGACUGAUUCUUGGUCAAGAAUGGCUCGUGUACACUCGGCAGCAUUGUAAAAUGAUAUUGUUUGAAGCCUUUCAUUAACACAUUUACCAUCAAGAACAAAAUGUUGGCAAAAGGCUAACACCUGAUUUGAAAAAGAAAAUGCUGAUUUGAGGACAAAAGGAAAAGUCUCUUUCCACUGCUCAAAGUAGGGUCAUUUAAAUCAUCUUGCAGUCAUGUGUGAGUUUGUUUUAUUCAUGUGAAAUCUCUUGCUGUGCACUGUAAGUCAUUUAUCCACCAAGCUGAGUAUCGUGUGGGGAAAGGUAAAAGUUAAAAACACAGCCAGGCCUGUGUGCUGUUAAUAGUGUGAAAUUCUCACGUUAAGAAAAAAAGAACAAUAAGAACCAAAUGUGACCUUGCAUAUAUUUUGACAGCUGAAAUUCUUUAAGGCUACCAACGAAUGACCCCUUAAAUCAGUCUUGUCUUUUGAUUGCUGCGUAUAGGAAGAAGUUUUCCUUUCACGCUGUUUUGUUUUGGGGGGGGUUAUCAGCAAAACUAUUCAUUCUGACAUUACAGGGCCUCUUGUGAGAGCCUCUCUACCACAGACGUUAAGAGCUAAGCAGCAGCACACGUACUGAUUGUAUCCACUCACCAAUGACCAUUACAUUGAACGUAGCUCGCUUACUUCCAUCACUACGAGUUUUUUGAGCUUGCUUUUAUGUUUUAAGAGGUGCCAGGGGUACAUUUUUGCACUGAAAUCUAAAGAUGUUUUAAAAAACACUUUUCACAGAAAA